AUGCGCGCCAGCACCGCACCGUCUGCGCAUGCACACCGCACAGAAGGAAGGGAGCGCACUGCACGGAGCCGUAAAGACAACUUGGAAAGUGAGAGUUCUGCAGCCAUUAUUCCUCAUGAAUUAGUCCGCACACGGCAGCUUGAGAGUGUGCACCUCAAGUUCAACCAGGAGUCUGGAGCACUCAUUCCACUUUGUUUGAAAGGUAGGCUGUUGCAUGGAAGGCACUUUACAUAUAAAAGCAUUACUGGAGAUACAGCAAUCACAUUUGUGUCUACUGGAGUAGAAGGAGCCUUUGCUACAGAGGAGCACCCAUAUGCAGCACAUGGACCGUGGCUACAGAUUCUGUUGACAGAGGAGUUAGUUGAAAAAAUGCUGGAAGAUUUAGAAGAUUUAAGCUCUCUAGAGGAAAUGAAACUACCGAAGGAAUACAGCUGGCCAGAAAAAAAGCUGAAGAUCUCCAUUCUACCCAACACAGUAUUUGAUAACCCACUCAAUUAAAGGUGGAGUAGCGCUGACAUUUCUGUUAGAUACAGGGACAUCACAGUGGACUUUCCCCCCACUUUCAGCAGCUCCAUCACCGCUGUAAACAAAGCCAAAGGAAAGCAAUUACUGCACAAUCUCCGCAUCUAGAGACGACUGGAAUGUAGGUGGUGAGAUUACAAACGACUCUGUGAAUCACUAAAUCUUCUCUCCUGUAUUCUUACUGCAUUAAAAUAUAUUUUUUAAAAUAA